GCCGAUGCGAUCGGUGGUUAUUCGUUGGGAAAUCAGAAAAGUCGUGGGUUCUCCGCUAUUAAAUACUGACUCUGUGUAUUCUAUGAAAAAUAAUCGAAUGCAGUAUAAAUAAAGAAGAAUUGCCAUAAUGUCCGGAAAGAUUUCUGCGUGGCUUGCACUUUUGUGUAUCUCUGGAUUUAUACAUAAUGCAGAUUUGCGGAGCAUUCAGAAAGAGGGCUCUCAGUGCGGUUAUCAGAGCUGCCACCCCACAAAACCCAAUAUGUUGAAUGUGCAUCUGGUGGCGCACACUCAUGACGAUGUCGGCUGGCUAAAGACUGUCGAUCAAUAUUAUUAUGGCAGUGAAACCCGAAUCCAGAAGGCGGGAGUCCAAUACAUUAUCGAUUCGGUUGUGGAGGCCUUGCUGAGGGAUCCAGAGAAACGCUUCAUUUAUGUGGAAUCCGCAUUCUUCUUCAAAUGGUGGAAGGAGCAGAAACCCAAGGUGCAGGAUGCUGUAAAGAUGCUGGUGGACCAGGGAAGACUGGAGUUUAUUGGCGGUGCCUGGAGCAUGAACGACGAGGCGACGACCCAUUACCAGAGUGUGAUUGAUCAAUUUGCUUGGGGAUUGAGACUUUUGAAUGAUACGUUUGGUGAAUGUGGACGUCCGCGAGUUGGUUGGCAGAUCGAUCCCUUUGGUCACUCCAGGGAAAUGGCUUCGAUGUUUGCCCAAAUGGGUUUCGAUGGCAUGUUCUUUGGGCGAUUGGAUUAUCAGGAUAAGGAUAACCGUUUAAUGACCAAAAAUGCUGAAAUGAUUUGGCAUGGAUCGGCUAAUUUGGGAGAGGAAUCAGAUCUGUUCACUGGAGCUCUUUACAAUAAUUACCAGGCACCGGAUGGGUUCUGUUUCGAUGUUCUUUGCAGCGAUGCCCCCAUCAUUGAUGGCAAACACAGUCCGGAUAAUAAUGUGAAGGAGCGGGUCGACGCAUUUUUGGACUUUGCCCAGACCCAAUCCCAAUACUAUCGCACCAAUAAUGUCAUUAUCACAAUGGGCGGUGAUUUUACCUACCAGGCAGCUCAGAUUUACUACAAGAACCUUGACAAAUUAAUACGAUAUGCCAACGAGCGUCAGGCGAAUGGCUCCAAGGUAAAUCUACUGUACUCCACACCCUCGUGCUAUCUGAAAUCUCUGCACGAUGCCGGCAUUACCUGGCCCGAGAAGAGCGAUGACUUCUUCCCAUAUGCCUCCGAUCCACAUGCCUACUGGACGGGUUACUUCACCUCGCGACCCACCUUGAAGCGAUUCGAGCGUGAUGGCAAUCACUUCCUCCAAGUUUGCAAGCAACUCAGUGCCUUGGCUCCCAAGAAAGCCGUAGAAUUCGGACCUCACUUGAACUUCAUGCGCGAGACUCUGGGCAUCAUGCAGCACCACGAUGCCAUCACAGGAACAGAGAAGGAGAAGGUGGCCUUGGAUUAUGCAAAGCGAUUGAGUGUUAGCUUCAAGGCCUGUGGUGCCACCACCAGGAAUGUGUUGAAUCAACUGUCCACGCCGGGAAGUGCUCAGGAUCAGGAUGCGAAAUACAAGUUGGAUAUGAAGACGUGUCCCUUGCUGAACAUCACUUCCUGUCCUGUUUCCGAGGAGAAUGAUCGAUUCACUCUGACGCUGUACAAUCCUUUGGCUCAUAUUGUGAGUGAAUAUGUGAGGAUACCAGUGCCAGACACGAACUAUAAAAUCAUUGAUAAUAAGGGAGCUGUUCUGAAAGCCCAGGCUGUGCCCAUACCAUCCGCCUUGAUCAAUAUUAAGCAUAGAGCAUCGACUGCCAAGUACGAACUGGUCUUCUUGGCCACCAAUAUUCCAGCCUUGGGAUAUAGAACAUAUUACAUAGAAAAGACCGAAAGCUCUGAGGGUUACAAACAGCCUAGGCUGCUGCCCAAGAAUAAAUCCAGCGUGACAGAAAUUGGAAAUAGUAACAUCAAGUUAGGCUUCGAUACCAAUGGUUUCCUUUCAGAGGUCACAGCCGAUGGUUUAACCAAAUUCGUUAGCCAAGAUUUCCUCUUCUACGAAGGUGCCGUUGGCAACAAUGCCGAGUUCUUAAACCGAUCCUCCGGAGCGUACAUCUUCCGUCCCAAUGAGAACAAGCUGCACUUUGCCACGGAACAUGUUGAGAUUGAAGUGUACAAGGGUGACUUGGUGCAGGAGGUCCAUCAGAAGUUCAACGAUUGGAUUAGUCAGGUGGUGCGAGUGUAUGCCAAGGACUCCUUUGCUGAGUUCGAGUGGCUUGUGGGUCCGAUUCCCAUUGAUGACGGCAUUGGCAAGGAGGUUAUCACACGCUUUAACUCUGAUAUCGAAUCAAAGGGCCUAUUCAACACCGAUUCUAAUGGACGUGAAAUGAUCAAGAGGCAGAUUAAUCACCGUGAAACUUGGUCUGUGAAAAUCAACGAAGCAGUUGCUGGAAAUUACUAUCCCAUUACGACCAAGAUAGACCUGGAGGAUGACACGGCUCGCUUGGCUAUCCUCACCGAUAGAGCCCAGGGAGGCAGCUCCCUGAAGGAUGGUUCCCUGGAGCUGAUGGUCCAUCGUCGUCUAUUACGCGAUGAUGCCUUCGGUGUGGGUGAGGCUCUCAAUGAGACGGAGUACGGAGCGGGUUUGAUUGCACGGGGCAAGCACCAUCUUUUCUUUGGCAAGUCCUCCGAUCGCGAAGGUGUCUCACUGAAGGCCUUGGAACGCUUGACCCAACUGGAGAAGCUACUGCCCACAUGGAAAUUCUUUAGCAAUAUGGAGGCCUACACUGCCGAAGAGUGGCUUACUUCCUUUACAAAUGCUUUCAGCGGCGUAUCCCUCGUUCUGCCCAAGCCCGUGCAUCUGCUCACCCUGGAACCGUGGCAUGAAAACGAGCUACUCGUGCGUUUUGAGCACAUUAUGGAGAACAAUGAGGACGAGCUAUACUCCAAGCCUGUUCAGUUCAAUGUCAAGAAUGUUCUCAGUUCUUUUGAGAUCACGGGAAUGCGUGAAACCACGCUGGAUGGAAAUGCCUGGCUGGACGAGACUCGUCGCCUUCAAUUUGCUCCGGAUCCCGAGCAAGCGGCCUUCAACUCCUAUGGCACAUUUGAUGAGCCCGAUGCCAAGAGUAUCCACUUGCUGAGUGCCCAGAAACCAAUGCUGGGCGUUAAAUAUGCCGAAGAAGCCUUACCAGCCGGAGAAUUGGGUGCCCAGAGCAACCGGGUCAAGAGGGAUGUGACCUCUGAUCAAGUUAGACAGGCCAAGAGGAACCGGAAGUCCAAGGAUGAGGCAGCCAGGGCAGAUAGUGGUAGCCAAGAGUUCCUAAUCGAACUGAGUCCCAUGGAGAUACGCACUUUUAUUGUGUAUUUGAAGAAAGCUUAAAGAAAGCUAAAAGAUCUUUUGAAAUAAAUGAAUAUUCCUAAAUUAA